GAGUCUGGAGGAAGCCCUUUCUAGAGAUCUAGGAAGUACUGACGACACCUCAUUCCUGAGUAGCAGUACAGUCCAGGCCCCCAGUCUAGGGGUGGUGGUGUAUCAACUCCGUCAGUGUGCCAACCACUUCAUGUCUGUGUACGAGAGUCACAAGCAACAUCUACUAGAAGAGAAGCUCACAUCUCAUCAGAGACAGAAACUCGCUAGAACUCGCCUCACCAAAAUCGUGCAUUACGAAGAGGAACAACUGCAGUACCUAGCUUACAUCUUGGAGAACUGUCUGUUUAUGUUGUGGCGCCAUCUGGAGUAUUAUCUCAUUCACUGCGUUCCUGUCAAUCAGCAGACAUCUGCGUACCAGAGUCAGACUCGCAGACACACACAACUCAGGAGGCUUCAAGAUUUGACAGGGAUUUCUCAUUCAUCAUUUGGAGAAUCUGAUGUCGACUCUCUGCCAGACAUAGAUAGACAGCUUAUGAUGGGGGUGACCAGUGAAGAUAUAGAGACAUUGAAACAGACAGCAAACUCAGCCAUACACGACUCACUCCUCGAAAAGAUACAAAAGAUUGACAUGGAAUACUGUAAGUCCAGGACCCACUACAGCUUUGUGGAGGCCCUCAUAAGGAGAGUAAGGAGAGGCUCAACACAGGGAGCUUAUAAGUUAUAUAAAACCAGACACAGGGAGAUCACUAUAGUGAAAUGA